GGCGCGGGGCGGUCCGGCGGGUUCAAAGAGGAAAACAUGGCGGAAAACAAAGGCGGUGGCGAGGCUGAGAGCGGCGGCGGGGGCAGCAGCAGCGCGCCGGUAACUGCCGGGGCCGCCGGGCCCGCGGCGCAGGAGGCGGAGCCGCCUCUCGCCGCGGUGCUGGUGGAGGAGGAGGAGGAGGAAGGCGGCAGGGCCGGCGCGGAGAGCGGCGCGGCCGGGCCCGACGACGAGGGGGUGGCCGCGGCCUCCUCGGGCUCGGCCCCGGCUGCCUCAGCCCCUGCAGCCUCAGUGGGCUCUGGAAUUCUCGGGGGGGCGGUAUCGACGCCGGCCCCAGCUCCGGCUUCGGUUCCUGCUCCGGGUCCCUCGGCGGGGCCGCCUCCAGGACCGCCAGCCUCGCUCCUGGACACCUGCGCCGUGUGUCAGCAGAGCCUGCAGAGCCGGCGUGAGGCGGAGCCCAAGCUGCUGCCCUGUCUUCACUCUUUCUGCCUGCGCUGUCUGCCGGAGCCCGAGCGCCAACUCAACGUGCCCAUCCCGGGGGGCAGCAACGGCGACAUCCAGCAAGUUGGUGUAAUACGGUGCCCAGUAUGCCGCCAAGAAUGCAGACAGAUAGACCUUGUGGAUAAUUAUUUUGUGAAAGAUACAUCUGAAGCUCCUAGCAGUUCUGAUGAGAAAUCAGAACAGGUAUGUACUAGUUGUGAAGACAAUGCAAGUGCAGUUGGCUUUUGUGUAGAAUGUGGAGAGUGGCUAUGUAAGACAUGUAUUGAAGCACAUCAAAGAGUAAAAUUCACUAAAGAUCACUUGAUCAGGAAGAAAGAAGAUGUCUCAGAGUCUGUUGGAGCAUCUGGUCAGCGCCCUGUUUUCUGCCCUGUACACAAACAAGAACAGUUGAAACUUUUCUGUGAAACAUGUGAUAGGCUGACAUGUAGAGACUGUCAGCUAUUGGAACACAAAGAACAUAGGUAUCAAUUUUUAGAAGAAGCUUUUCAAAACCAGAAAGGUGCAAUUGAGAAUCUACUGGCUAAGCUUCUUGAGAAGAAGAAUUAUGUUCAUUUUGCAGCUACUCAGGUGCAGAAUAGGAUAAAAGAAGUAAAUGAGACUAACAAACGAGUAGAACAGGAAAUUAAAGUGGCCAUUUUCACCCUUAUCAAUGAAAUUAAUAAGAAAGGAAAAUCUCUGUUACAGCAGCUAGAGAAUGUUACAAAAGAAAGACAGAUGAAGUUACUACAGCAACAGAAUGACAUCACAGGCCUUUCCCGGCAGGUGAAGCAUGUUAUGAACUUUACAAACUGGGCAAUUGCUAGUGGUAGCAGCACGGCACUACUGUACAGCAAGCGACUGAUUACUUUUCAAUUGCGCCAUAUUUUGAAAGCACGGUGUGAUCCUGUCCCUGCUGCUAAUGGAGCAAUACGUUUCCAUUGUGAUCCCACCUUCUGGGCAAAGAACGUAGUCAAUUUAGGUAAUCUAGUAAUAGAGAGUAAACCAGCUCCUGGUUAUACUCCUAAUGUUGUAGUUGGGCAAGUUCCACCAGGGACAAACCACAUUAGUAAAACCCCUGGACAGAUUAACUUAGCACAGCUUCGGCUCCAGCACAUGCAACAACAAGUGUAUGCACAGAAACAUCAGCAGUUGCAACAGAUGAGGAUGCAGCAGCCACCUGCACCUGUACCAACAACAACAGCAACAACACAGCAGCACCCUAGACAAGCAGCCCCUCAGAUGUUACAACAACAGCCUCCAAGAUUGAUCAGUGUGCAAGCAAUGCAAAGAGGCAACAUGAACUGUGGAGCUUUCCAAGCCCAUCAGAUGAGAUUGGCUCAGAAUGCUGCCCGAAUACCAGGGAUACCCAGGCACAGUGGCCCUCAGUAUUCCAUGAUGCAGCCACACCUCCAAAGACAACACUCAAACCCAGGGCAUGCUGGACCCUUUCCUGUUGUGUCGGUGCACAACAACCCAGUCAAUCCAACCAGCCCUACUACAGCUACUAUGGCAAAUGCAAAUCGAGGUCCCACCAGCCCAUCUGUUACAGCAAUAGAACUAAUUCCUUCAGUUACCAAUCCAGAAAACCUUCCGUCGCUGCCAGAUAUUCCACCCAUACAGUUGGAAGAUGCUGGUUCAAGUAGUUUAGAUAAUCUACUAAGUAGAUACAUCUCAGGCAGUCACCUACCCCCACAGCCCACAAGCACCAUGAAUCCCUCCCCAGGACCCUCUGCCCUAUCUCCAGGAUCAUCAGGUUUAUCCAAUUCUCACACACCUGUGAGACCCCCUAGUACUUCUAGUACUGGUAGUCGAGGCAGCUGUGGGUCUUCAGGAAGAACUGCUGAGAAGACAGGUCUUAGUUUCAAGUCUGAUCAAGUGAAAGUCAAGCAAGAACCUGGCACUGAAGAUGAAAUAUGUAGCUUUUCAGGAGCUGUGAAACAGGAAAAGACAGAGGAUGGCAGGAGGAGUGCCUGCAUGUUGAGCAGUCCUGAGAGUAGCUUGACACCACCUCUUUCAACUAGCCUGCAUCUGGAGAGUGAGUUGGACGCAUUAGCAGGCCUGGAAAACCACGUGAAAACUGAACCUGCAGAUGUGAAUGAAAGCUGCAAACAGUCAGGGCUCAACAGCCUUGUUAAUGGAAAGUCCCCAGUUCGAAGUCUCAUGCACAGGUCGGCAAGGAUUGGAGGAGAUGGCAGCAGCAAAGAUGAUGACCCAAAUGAAGAUUGGUGUGCUGUCUGCCAAAAUGGAGGGGAUCUCUUGUGCUGUGAAAAAUGUCCAAAGGUCUUUCAUCUAACUUGUCAUGUUCCAACACUUCUUAGCUUUCCAAGUGGGGACUGGAUAUGCACAUUUUGCAGAGAUAUUGGGAAACCAGAAGUUGAAUAUGAUUGUGAUAAUUUGCAACAUAGUAAGAAGGGGAAAACUGCACAGGGGUUAAGCCCCGUGGACCAAAGGAAGUGUGAACGUCUUCUGCUUUACCUCUAUUGCCAUGAAUUAAGUAUUGAAUUCCAGGAGCCAGUUCCUGCUUCGAUACCAAACUACUAUAAAAUUAUAAAGAAACCUAUGGAUUUAUCCACCGUGAAAAAGAAGCUUCAGAAAAAACAUUCCCAACACUACCAAAUCCCAGAUGACUUUGUGGCUGAUGUUCGUUUGAUCUUCAAGAACUGUGAAAGGUUUAAUGAAAUGAUGAAAGUUGUUCAAGUUUAUGCAGAAACACAAGAGAUUAAUUUGAAGGCUGAUUCAGAAGUAGCUCAGGCAGGGAAAGCAGUUGCAUUGUACUUUGAAGAUAAACUCACAGAGAUCUACUCAGACAGGACCUUCGCACCUUUGCCAGAGUUUGAGCAGGAAGAGGAUGAUGGUGAGGUAACUGAGGACUCUGAUGAAGACUUUAUACAGCCCCGCAGAAAACGCCUAAAGUCAGAUGAGAGACCAGUACAUAUAAAGUAAAAUGACAUGAACUUAAAUCAAUUGUUUAAAAAAAGAAAAGAAUGAAAAACUUUUAUUUAAGUGUUGCUGGAAUAUCCUGCCUACAGUGGGCACCUCCUUGAAGAAGCUAAUAGCUUUUACACAGUAUUAGAUUGAAAUAAUGGACAGAAAACACAUUCUUGUCAAGAAAGGGGGGAAGGACUCUAUUUGCAACUUUAAAAGUAAAAACAAAAGUGAAAGUAAAAUGACUUGAAGAUUUCUGUUACCACAGAGAAUGGUUCUGAUUGUUAGAAUGGGCAGAUGUUGAUGAUCACUUGGUAUUGAUUGGUGCAGAUACUGAGUGUUCAAGUACUUAAGGGUCAUGUCACUGGUUAAAUUGUCUCUUUGGAGUAGAGUGCACAAUUAUUAAACCAACUUUUAUGCCUCCCCCUCCAUACAUAUACAUACUGGCUUAUUUUCUAGUUAAAAAUCAAAGUUGCUCAGAUUCCACUUUGAUGUCAGUGCAGAUGUGCAUUGCAUCAUGCUGUUAUAUUUUCUCUCAUUUUGAUGCUGUUGGGCCUUAGUUUUAUAUUGGUUUAAAGAACUCAACAGUAGUUUAUUUUCUGUUCAUACUUAAGAGUCUAGGAAACGUGACCAUUGAUCAUCAUUUAAUCAACUUUAAUGUUCUACUGAAAUAAAUAUGGUAACUUUUCAGUAGCAGAUCAUUUACAGUAGUCAUUUCCAGAAGACACUUCCACAGAAUUGCACUUCCAGAUCAAAUCAUCUGAUCAUAGUUAUUCCUGUGAAAGGUAGAAUGUUUGUUUGAAAGUUAAUCUAGUUUUCUGUACAUUUAAAAUUUGAUUGAGACGGUGACAGCUGGCUCUUAUCCAGUCUUCCUUCAUAUCGGUUUUCUGAUAGACCACUAUUGGCAAACAGUAAUCUGUCAACUACCAAAUGUGUAAAAUUUUCUGUAUUUCACUUUGUCUUAUUUGUAAAUAGUGAACUAAAACUUCUGGCAGAUCAGCAACAUUUGCUGAGCCUGUUUUUUAAGCUAAUAUGUAUUCUUACUAAUGUUCCUAUCAAGAAUGGGUUUGUAAUAUAUGCUGUCUAUUUCUAAUGUUCACAUUCAUAUUUUGAGGUUCUAUCUUAUUUUAAUAGAGAACAGACUUCUCAGAAAAUCUUCAGAAGCAGCUUAUUAUUAAAAUAUCAAAAUAUUGAAAUAAACCCGGUGGGGUUAGAGUACUCAUCCGUCCACCAAGUGGGACAUUUGCAUGGACUGGGGGCUUAAAGGACGUAGAAGAGACCUGUAAGUAUAUCCUGAAAAUGAGCCAAUCAAUCCCCACUUGAAUGGUUACUGGAGUAAACCCACCUUUACUACUCUGAUUUUAGCGCCCGAGGCAGAUAAACCACCUUGGCUCUGUUUCAUUUUUCUUCUCUUCAUUUGUGAUGCUCAGAUCCAAGAUGCGUGUUCUAGACUGUGUACAGGCUUCUCUUUUGUUGAGUUAAAAAUUUUAGUCCUACUUUUGUAUGGACAUGUUAGAAUGUAAAGUGACCAAAAUAGAAGACUUGCCAUUAGAUAUUUUUCAGACAUCAGCAGAUUUGUGGCAAAUCAUUUGCCUUUUUAAAAAUUCAGCUUGAACAGUUCAGACAGUAGACUACUCAGAAAAAAUUAUUUGACAUAAUUGUCUAAGAGGUUAAUAUUUUUUAGUGCAUAUUGAAUCAAAUAAAGUGCUCUAAAGAAGUUAUUAUACAAAUUUCUUUGGGUUGUUUUUCUUUUCUUAACAAGUGGUGGGGAUAAAAAUGAAUAUGAUUCAAGCCUUCUGAUGGUAUAUUGGUUUUAUUAUUGCUGUUGACUUCAUUCUGUGGCUUUCUUUUAGCUUCUUUUUCAGUUUCCUUAUAAGUUAAACUUCAAAACAUAU